AUGGAACCAGCAUCACGUGAAAAAUUACUUCGAUUUCAAUUAAGUGGACCAGCUGAUGAACAGAAACAUGUAAUUCGAUCAAAUAAACUUGGUCUUGAUUAUACUGUUUGGGUUCAAGAUGAUACUGGUAACAAUGCAAAAUGUUAUGUAAUGACUAUACAUGAUCUUGGUUGCAGUCAUUCGAUUUUUACUGAAUUUGUUUCUCAACCUGAAAUGCGUGCACUUAAACAACGAAUUGUAUGGAUACAUGUUGAUUUACCUGGUCAAGAAGAUGAUGCUCUUCCUUUAAAUAUCGAGAAAUAUCCAUCUUUGGAUGAUGUUGGAAGUGAAUUAGUGAAUAUUCUUGAUUUUUUAAAUGUUCCACAAGCGGUUGUAUUUGGUGAAGGUGCAGGAGCUAAUAUAGGAUGUCGUUUUGCUAUUGAACAUCCGUCUCGUGUUCAUGGUGUUGUAUGUAUUCAUCCGACAGGUACAACAGCUGGUUUUAUGGAAAUGAUGAAAGAUAAACUUAAUAAUUGGAAAUUGAUCCAUAAAGGAAUGAAUACAGAUGCUGAAGCUUAUCUUAUUUGGCAUCGUUUUGGACGCGAUGCAGCUAAGGGUUAUGUUGAUUCACAAGUACUUGAAGCAAAUAUUCGUGAAUUUUCCGAAAAACUUUAUCAAAAACGAACAGCUAAAAAUUUAGCUCUUUUUCUCGAUGCAUUUCUUAAUCGAACUAAUCUUGUGGAUAAAUUGGACAAAUUAACUGUUGAUUGUCUUGUGGCUGUUGGUAAGAAAAGUUCUGUAUUACAUACAACAGAAAAAUUCUAUGAAAAACUUCGCGAAUCACGUGAUAAUCCACAAAAAAUGGUUAAUUCACCAAUACUUAUUGCAGAUAAUGUUGGUGAUAUACUCGGCGAAGCACCUGAUGUUUUAGCCAAAUCAAUGCAAUUUUUCUUACAAGGAAUUGGUUUAUUAUCUGGUUUACCAAUGGAUGCCGCUUUAGUUGGUUUAGGUCGUUUAUCUCGUUCGAUGUCAAUGGAAGAAGCUGAUCGUCCACGACGAAGUUCUGUACUUAAUCCAUCAUCACCCGGUACAACUUCACCACCAAUUGGUUCACCACCAAAAUAG